AUGGCCUCCAGGAUUGCCGCCUCCUCCCUCAGGGCCUCUGCCUCCCGUGUGCGGCCUCAGGCCGUCUCCGCCAUCCCCCGCGUGGUCGCUGCCCGUGGCAUGGCGAGCUCCUCAAAGCCUCCCCCGGAAGAGCGCGCCGCCGAGAUCAUCAACACCCUCCCCUCCUCUCCUGGCCUCGUCACCAAAACCGGCACGGCCAUCCUCGGUACUGGCCUGCUCGCCACCGCCAUCUCCCAGGAGCUUUACGUCGUCAACGAGGAGACCGUCAUCGCUGCGGGCUUCUUCAUCCUCAUUACCUUCAUCUACCGGAGUGCCAAGGACGGCUACAGGGAAUGGGCUGAGGACCACAUCAACCGCUUCCGCAACAUCCUCAACUCCUCCCGUUCGGAGCACACCCAGGUCGUCAAGGACCGCAUUCAGUCUGUUGAACAGAUGAAGGAUGUCGUCUCCAUCACCGAGGGUCUCUUUGCGCUCUCCAAGGAGACCGCGAAGCUCGAGAACGAGGCCUUUGUUCAGCGCCAGAAGGUCACGCUCGCCACCGAGGUCAAGUCUGUCCUCGACAGCUGGGUCCGCUUCGAGCAGCAGGCGAAGGAGUCAGAGCAGGCCGACCUUGUCAAGUCCGUCGUUGACAACGUGAUGAAGAGCAUCCAAGACCCCAAGGUCCAGAAGGAGGUCCUCACCAGCGCCGUGGCCGAGAUCGAGCAGCUCAUCAAGAACAAGGCCAUCUAG